UAUGGGGCUCAGUAGGCACUAGGCAGAGGCAGUAGGUGUGAAGCCAACUUGGUCUACAGCCAGGGCUACCUAGUGAGAACCUGUCCUACCAUACCUACUGUAGAACUUGGUGCCACACACACUUGUAAAGCCAGUGUUCUGGAGGCUAAGACAGAAGCUUCUCUGUGAGUUUAAGUUUAGCCUGGGCUACAAAAUGAGACCCUGGCAACUCUCUGCAGGAGCUGAAUCUGCUGCAUCUUUGGGCUUUUCUGCCUCCAAAGCUAUGGGAAAUAAACGUUUAAGCCACCCAGGCUACAGUAUUGUGUUGGUGUGAGGUGAUGAGGGCACUUUCCAAGUGAGGGGUCAUCAGGGGCCUGGGAGUCCAUCCACCUCUCAGGGAAGCCUUGCAGGACCAUUUAGGGUUAAAUAUUACCUUGUACCCCUCCUUGCCUGCCACUCCCUCUCCCUUUUCCUGGAGAUCAAGCCAUAAACACCUCCCUUUCCUCUUCCUCUGGGAGGCUUUCCCGGGAAGGGGGCGGGAGGAGGGGACACACACACUCCUGUAGACUGUCUACCCUCUACUGGAAGCCACUGGUCGCCACUGGCCUAGGAGGUCAAGGGAGUCUAGAUCUAGUUAGAUCUACAGGCUGAAGUAGGGACACUAGGCCCUAGCCUCCCCCAUAGGUGUUUUUUUUUGGAGUGUCAUCAUGCCCAAGCCUCCUCCUCACUGUUCCCCAAUGGAGUUCACAGACUGGCUUAAUGAGCCCCUCAGGUGCGUGUCUCAAGCCAGCUGUCCUCGUCUUCUGAUGUCUGGGAAACAAAAAUAGUUCCAAGAAAUGAGCAGCCUCAUUGUAUGGGGUUACCCCAUUUCAGCCUCUGCCCCCAGGACUCUCAGAAGCAAGGUGACAGGGUCCGGCUGUCAUAUCUAAUCUCACCUACUCAGACAGUUUUAAUUAUGAGCGUACAUCAAUGAUCCUAGAAUCCAGAAUCAUUACAAGUUUCAGAAGAGGGAAUGCAUCUAGCCUGGCAGUACUUUAUGAUAGGGGAAGGGCUUUCUUCUCGUCUUGUUCUUUCCCUCAAACAGCUCUGUAAACUAGGACUGAUUUUAUCAUCCCCAGAAAAGGGAUGUGCACACUGAAGCUUCCUGCUGUAAACUUGGUGGGCAGAGCACCAGGGCUCAGUCAAGAUUUCCAACUAUAAAGCCCAGGCUGGCUUCAGGACCAGUUCUAGAGAUGGCAAAGGAUUGUUGUGCUCCAUAGCUCUGGUCAUUACAGACAUCACUAAUGUAGCUAUAAAUGGACUUGAACUUUCGAUCCUCUUGCCUCCAUUUCCCAAAUGCUAGGAUUCUUUAGUACUGGCUACCCUGUAACUUGAUAGCCUGUAACUCAUAGACACCCUCCUGGCUCUGGAAUUUAAAGGAGUGCACCACUAUGCCAGCCCUGACUGUUUAUUUUUGCAAUCAUGCCUGCCACAUUGGUCUCAGAGAUUUCAGAGUGGUUGCAUUGUCUCAGUUCCUUUGUCAAGCCUGGGAACUCUUACUAUGUAGCCCAGGUUGGCCUCAAACUCAUGGGUGAUCCUCCUGCCUCUGCUUCUGGAGUGCAAGCACAGCACUGACCACACCCAGCCCCAAGUCUGGGAAUUUGUUCCAUCCUACCACGUCCUUUACAGAUGAAAAAACUGAAGUUCAGAGAAGAUGAGUCACCUUCUCAAAGCUGCACAGCUCCAGUGUGGACUGUGAACCUGGGGCUCCCCAAGAGAUUACAGGGGCUCCUUCAUGCACCCCCAUGCACCCCACCCGCAACCCCGCUUUUCUUCUAAAUUCUGUCCCUGGCAGCCUGCCAGCCCUCCCCAGGGUACUGCCUUGUUCCUCCUGUCUACCGUCCACCAUCCUUCUUCCAGAGAAAGGGCCAACCGGAAGGCAGUUCACGUUAGGAAGUUCCAGCCACGUGAGCAAGCAAGAGCCAAGGAUUCUGGGCAGCCGGUGGCUUUAGGAGAAACUGAAACUGGGUGUGCUGGGGGCGGAGUGGUCACUGGGGAUUUAAAGAGCCACCACUUCCUUGGGCCUCCAGAGGGCACUGGGAGGGCAAGGCUGCUGAGGGACACCCAGGACCGGAUUGAACCUCUGCUCCCCUGCCUAAGCCAUGCAACUCUGUGGGAGCGGUGCGCUGCUGACUGGGCCAGACCCUGAGGAGUGUCAGAAGCAGCUGAAGAAGAAGCAGAAGAACCGGCUGGCUGCCCAGCGCAGCCGGCAGAAGCACACUGACAAGGCGGAUGCUCUGCACCAGCAGCAUGAGUCCUUGGAGAAACACAACCACGCCCUUCGGAAGGAGAUCCAGGCCUUGCAGGCUGAGCUGGCACGGUGGGGCCGGACACUGCAUCUGCAUGAACGCCUGUGCCGAGUGGACGGUGGCUCCUGCCCCACUCUGCUGCCCUCUGGAUGCCCAGUCCAGGCCGAGCAACUCCCGGGACAACCUGCCUCCCAUGGAUACUGUGGCUGCCAGGAAGAGCCGGGCCUGUUCCAGACUCCUGGUUCCUCUCCCCCAGCCCAGCAACUCUCUCCAAGUCCAUGCUUCCAUGAGUCCCCUGGCCUCCUCCCUUCCCCACUGCCCUCACUGUCCUUUGACCCUCUCAUGAUGAGGACCCCUCUAGCCCAGCUGUCCCCCAGCCCUGUACUGUCCACAUCAUCCCCUGGCUCCAGCCUGCUGGGGUCUUUCUCUAAGUCUGAUGCCCUCAUGCCCAGCCCCCCAGACCAGCUGGGCUCUCCUCAGCCCCUCAGGCUGGAGCAUCCCACCAGCAGGAAGCUGGCAUCUUCCUCCAGCCCACCAGCUGCUCUGGGACCAGAGUGUCCACAGAACAUACAGCGCUUGCCUGCACUGUCUGGCUCCUCAGCAGAUUGGCAGAAGCUGUCUGUGGACCCUAGCCCACACCCCCUCAUGGCCUUCCCGCUGCUCUCUUCUGCAAAAGUCCACUUCUAGCCUGUAUCUAGAGUUGGGCUGCCUUCCCUGAGUUCCUGAAGCAGCCUCAGCACCCAGGCAGCGCCUCCAUUCUGCUUGAGUCACCAACUGCCUACUGCUGUGGACCAAGCAAAGCCAUCCUCUCCCUCAGCAGAGGCUGCAGGAAAAGAUGAUGGGGAAGGGGCAAAUGCAAGAACCUUGAACCUGG